UUUUAUCAGACUUUGAAGAUGAAAACGGCGAACGGAGACUUUGAGACACGAAAAUGACAGGUCUCCGCAUUUUUGACCAGGAAAGAAAAAUCAGACGAGUGGUCAUUUGAGGAAAUUACCUCGGGAGAUCAUUGCCUCCUUGGAUUUCACCUAGGUUAUGAAAAGAUCAUAUUUUAGUAACUAAUCAGCCUAAUGCUUUUGUGAUGAAAAGUUCCACCAUCACUAUUAUGUUCAUUUUGGACUGAGAAGAUGAAUCUAGGCACAGAAGAGAGCACAGGAUGUUGGGAGAAAAGCACCUGUUAAACAGUGGAACAGCUAAUAACUGAUUUCCAAGGAUCAUUAAAAGAAUAAAAUUGUUAUGCUUCGACUUUGGUAUGGUGUUGACUCUCUAGCACAUAGGUAGCCCUCUAAAAAUCAGCCAGUUUUUCAAAUUAUGGAAAUUUUGUGGAAGACGUUGACCUGGAUUUUGAGCCUCAUCAUGGUUUCAUCAGAAUUUCAUGGUGACCACAGGCUUUCUUACAGUUCUCAAGAGGAAUUCCUGACUUACCUUGAACACUACCAGCUAACGAUUCCAAUAAGGGUCGAUCAGAAUGGAGCUUUCCUCAGCUUUACUGUGAAAAACGAUAAACACUCAAGGAGAAGGCGGAGCAUGCACCCUAUUGAUCCACAACAGGCGGCCUCUAAGUUAUUCUUUAAACUUUCAGCCUAUGGCAAGCACUUUCACCUAAACUUGACUCUCAACACGGAGUUUGUGUCCCAACAUUUUACAGUCGAAUACUGGGGGAUGGACGGACCCCAGUGGAAGCAUGACUUUGUAGACAACUGUCAUUAUACAGGAUACUUGCAGGAUCAGCGUAGUACAACCAAAGUGGCUUUAAGCAACUGUGUUGGGUUGCAUGGUGUUAUUGCUACAGAAGAUGAAGAAUAUUUUAUUGAACCUUUAAAGAAUACCACAGAGGAUUCCAAGCAUUUUAGCUAUGAAAACGGCCAUCCUCACGUUAUUUAUAAAAAGUCUACCCUCCAACAGCGGCACCUGUAUGAUCACUCGCAUUGUGGGGUUUCAGAUCUCACAAGAAAUGGAAAACCUUGGUGGCUGAAUGAUACAUCAGCGUUUACGGCUUCACUACCCAUUAAUGACACAUCCAUCCGCCACAGACAGAAGAGAUCAAUUAGCAUUGAGCGGUUUGUGGAGACAUUGGUUGUGGCAGACAAAAUGAUGGUGGGCUACCAUGGCCGGAAAGACAUUGAACAUUACAUUUUGAGUGUAAUGAAUAUUGUUGCCAAACUUUACCGUGAUUCCAGCCUAGGAAACGUUGUGAAUAUUAUAGUGGCUCGAUUAAUUGUUCUCACAGAAGAUCAGCCAAACUUGGAGAUAAACCACCAUGCAGACAAGUCCCUCGAUAGCUUCUGUAAAUGGCAGAAAUCCAUUCUCUCCCACCAAAGUGAUGGAAACACCAUUCCAGAAAAUGGGAUUGCCCACCACGAUAAUGCAGUUCUUAUUACUAGAUAUGAUAUCUGCACUUAUAAAAAUAAGCCCUGCGGAACCCUGGGCCUGGCCUCUGUGGCUGGGAUGUGUGAGCCUGAAAGGAGCUGCAGCAUUAACGAAGACAUUGGCCUGGGCUCGGCGUUUACCAUUGCCCACGAGAUCGGUCACAAUUUUGGUAUGAACCAUGAUGGAAUUGGAAAUUCUUGUGGGACGAAAGGCCACGAAGCAGCAAAACUUAUGGCAGCUCACAUUACUGCAAAUACCAAUCCCUUUUCCUGGUCUGCCUGCAGUCGAGACUACAUCACCAGCUUUCUAGAUUCAGGCCGUGGUACUUGCCUUGAUAAUGAGCCUCCCAAGCGUGACUUUCUUUAUCCAGCUGUGGCCCCAGGUCAGGUGUACGAUGCUGAUGAGCAAUGUCGUUUCCAGUAUGGAGCAACAUCACGCCAAUGUAAAUAUGGGGAAGUGUGUAGAGAGCUCUGGUGCCUCAGCAAAAGCAACCGCUGUGUUACCAACAGUAUUCCAGCGGCUGAGGGGACACUGUGUCAAACGGGGAAUAUUGAAAAGGGGUGGUGCUAUCAGGGCGAUUGUGUUCCUUUUGGCACUUGGCCCCAGAACAUAGAUGGGGGCUGGGGUCCGUGGUCACUAUGGGGAGAGUGCAGCAGGACCUGCGGGGGAGGCGUCUCCUCAUCCCUAAGACACUGUGACAGUCCAGCACCUUCAGGAGGUGGAAAAUAUUGCCUUGGGGAAAGGAAGCGGUAUCGCUCCUGUAACACAGAUCCAUGUCCUUUGGGGUCCCGAGAUUUUCGAGAGAAACAGUGUGCAGACUUUGACAAUAUGCCUUUCCGUGGAAAGUAUUAUAACUGGAAACCCUAUACUGGAGGUGGGGUAAAACCUUGCGCAUUAAACUGCUUGGCUGAAGGUUACAAUUUCUACACGGAACGUGCUCCUGCGGUGAUUGACGGGACUCGGUGCAAUACGGACUCCCUGGAUAUCUGUAUCAAUGGAGAAUGCAAGCAUGUAGGCUGUGAUAAUAUUUUGGGAUCUGAUGCUAGGGAAGAUAGAUGUCGAGUCUGUGGAGGGGACGGAAGCGCAUGCGACGCCAUUGAAGGCUUCUUCAAUGAUUCCUUGCCCAGAGGAGGCUACAUGGAAGUAGUGCUGAUUCCAAGAGGCUCUGUUCACAUUGAAGUCAGAGAAGCUGCCAUGUCAAAGAACUAUAUUGCUUUAAAAUCUGAAGGUGAUGAUUACUAUAUCAAUGGUGCUUGGACUAUCGACUGGCCGAGGAAGUUUGACGUUGCUGGCACAGCUUUUCACUACAAGAGACCAACUGAUGAACCAGAAUCCUUGGAAGCGCUAGGGGCCACCUCGGAAAACCUCAUUGUUAUGGUUCUGCUUCAGGAACAGAAUUUGGGCAUUAGGUAUAAGUUCAACGUUCCCAUCGCUCGAACUGGCAGUGGAGAUAAUGAAGUUGGCUUUACUUGGACUCAUCAGCCUUGGUCAGAAUGCUCCGCUACUUGUGCCGGAGGUGCCCAGAGGCAGGAAGUGGUCUGUAAAAGGCUGGAUGACAACUCCAUUGUCCAGAACCAUUAUUGUGACCCUGACAGUAAACCCCCGGAAAGCCAAAGGGCCUGCAACACUGAGCCCUGCCCACCUGAGUGGUUUAUCGGCGACUGGUUGGGGUGCAGCAAGACGUGUGACGGUGGAACACGGACGAGGGCAGUGCUCUGCAUCAGGAAGAUCGGGCCUUCGGAAGAGGAGACGCUGGACUACAGUGGCUGCUUAACACACCGGCCUCUGGAACAAGAGUCCUGCAACAACCAGUCUUGUCCGCCUCAGUGGGUGGCUUUGGACUGGUCAGAAUGCACUCCAAAAUGCGGUCCAGGAUUCAAGCAUCGGAUUGUUCUGUGCAAGAGCAGUGACCUUUCCAAAACAUUCCCAGCUGCACAAUGCCCAGAGGAAAGCAAACCUCCUGUCCGCAUCCGCUGCAGUCUGGGCCGCUGCCCUCCACCUCGUUGGGUGACUGGAGACUGGGGCCAGUGCUCUGCUCAGUGUGGCCUUGGACAGCAAAUGCGGACUGUGCAAUGUCUCUCCUACACGGGACAGGCAUCUAGUGACUGUCCGGAAAACGCUCGCCCCCCAUCGAUGCAGCAGUGUGAAAGUAAAUGUGACAGUACCCCCAUUGCCAAUACUGAAGAGUGCAAAGAUGUGAACAAAGUGGCUUAUUGCCCACUGGUGCUGAAGUUCAAGUUCUGCAGCCGCGCAUACUUCAGACAGAUGUGUUGUAAGACCUGCCAAGGACACUGACCCACGGAAAGCCAAAGAGAGAGCCUUGUCAUUUCAUCGAGGAAGUACGUCCAUCAAAGAGAGCCACCCAGAGGAAGAGGAUUGAGGUCCUUACAAAUGCAUUACCCUGUGGAAAACGUAACCACUGGUCAGCCCUAGCUGACAGGAUUUCAAUAUUAUUUUAACUUCUGUGAAGUGGGAUUUAUUGAUCCAAAGUGCUGGACACGGUAUUAGGGGGAAAUGCCAGAUUGGAGAGAUCCAAACAACACAGGGAGACUUGCUUACUGUGGAACGUUUGCGUUCUUUCGAGUAAAUCCAAUAGCCUGUUUACCUCCUUGGACCAUUAAGAUAAUUUUUAUUAUGGACUUAGCAAUGACACUGAAUCCAUUUGUAUUUAAAACUGUUUAAAAUGUAGCUGUUAUGACUUGGUCAACUAUGGAAGUAAAGAAGAUUCCGAAAUCUUAAGUCAUAGCUUAAAAAUAUUUGCUAUACUUUAUCUCACUACAACUGCACCACAGUCUAAAUUAUAAAACGGGCUUUGAACUGUAAUGUAAGGAGCAAUUGUAAAUCAACAGUCGUGAACGUUUGCAUGAUUUCUCUUCAUUCCACUUAAUUUCCUUAGGAAUAACCCCCCUUGUUCUGAACACUGCUGUGAGCCAUAUAUAAAACUAUAUUAAACCGAACAACAAUGAGGGACGUAGUUUAAAGCAGUGCAUCAGUUUCUGCAGCUGUGCAAGUCUAUAAAUGCAGUGCUAACAGGCUGUGGCCAAGUUGCCAUUGUGCAAAUGAAGCUGAAAUUUCCAUUAAAACUUUAAGAGGAAAACCUUUCAAUCUCAUAGGGAGGCCAGACCUGAGGCAUGGUAGAGACUGAAGUCCCUGGCCCUUUGCUGCCGUCAUGCAGAAAGCCUGAGUUCUUAUCUGAGUCGCCCCGGCUCACUUGUGUUUACAUCCUCACCAGUCACAGAACAGCUUCUGCCCUGUUAGGUUGUUGGAUUGUGGCACGCAUGUUGAGCUUACUGAUAGGAUACCAUGCAAAAGACCAAUUGGCUCGGUAACAACCAGGCUGACCCUUUUGCAAUUUGCUGACAAUUAUGAUGGGUUCCAGCUGCCCCUGCUUUGAUAAUGGUGGAAGGGCAUUUAUUUAUACGAAAGCAAGUAUGUGUAUGUGUGUAUGUUGAGUGUGUGGAUAGAUGACUGUGCUUACACAUAAAUGUGCUAUUUCUAUGAGUUUUAAAGUAGGCAAGGGAUACCAACCAAAGAAGAAAAACUCAUGAAGCCUAGAGAUCAUAAAGCAUCAUUUAAAUAGUCACCCAACCAAGUAUUUUGUAUUUUGUAUGAAUAUACUGAAUGGUAAUCAAAUGUGAAACUCAGUUUCUUUAGACAGGCCAAAUUCCAGAGUCAAAUGCACCUGAAUUCAAAUGAUUAGCUCACAUUUUCUCUCACUUCAAAGUUUCAAAUCCUAUUCAUCAAAAGACCCAACACACAGGUGGGGUCCUUGCUGAUGUUCAUGUUUUAUUCUUGGACUUGUGUACCUUGCAGGCCGUCCAUCACACUUCCUUUGCUGUAGUGCACACAUGUCUACCAUGUGUACCCCCGAGUGGCUACUUGGCAAGGAAAAUACAUGCAGUUUAAGAGCAUUUUUGACUUAAAUCCAUCUCUGGGUUGAAACCUCAUGCAAGGUGUGUCACAUAAACCAAGACCUAUGUGAAUGAUUAGGAUUUUUUUCAGAAAGGAAUGGUAACUUUGGUACGUCCAUGUUUGAUUGACAGUAGGCAUGCUCAGUGGUGGCCAUUUAUCUUGUCACCUGCUUUCUUUCACAGCUAUAUAGCUCAUGUCCCUAAGCUCUCCAAUCAGAGAGCUCUCCAUGAUACACAGGAGUGCCCAGUGGGGGCCCUCUUACGUAACCCAAAUGCCAUUGUAGCCAUUCAGUGAAGGCAGAGCCGCCCAUAAGCAUACAGUACUAGUGCCGCACUGGCCCUGAAUUCCCUUGAUCCUCUCUAUAGACCCGUGAACGUGGUGCUAACCUGCCCUGGUGAAAGGAAGGGAAGCUAACUUUUGUGACAUUUGAAGCACAGAUUUGCUAUCGGGAUCUGAUUUUCCCCAGGGCACCAACAUAAACAUCAGCUUCUGUUUCUAUUUCAAGAAAGAUUGUUUUACAUGAAUAGCUGAAGGCUAUUUGUUCCCAAACCUCACCUGGAAACGAACAUUGUAGAGGUUUGUUUCCGGGUGCUGCAUGGUGCUCCAACUGGUGCUAAACGAGAAGGGCAGCCGGCAGCAUUCCCUCUGGGACAGGGAAGCGCUCCACUGGGUCAGAAAGCAGAGAACCCUCUGGACAUCAUCCGAUUUCCAUUCUAAGAGAAUUAGCACAGAAGCUGAUGGGAUUCAGCCAUUACCUGAGUUUAGCCCUGAGUGGGGGGAAAGGUCACACUCCACAGCAUAUCACAAUACUGCUGCUAUACUAGCCAACCACGUGGCUAACUGAUGCUCUGUUCCUGUCUAAUCGUAGGACUGCCCGUAGAGGUUGGGUAGCCAGGGCAGGCCCUUCAAAAGCAGUGAGACGUGUUACUUAGGAAAUCCCAAGGGAACUUGGAUCCCGCUUGCUAAGCACAGUGUCUGCCACUGGCAUAAGGGUCUAAGAAUAAAAAUGGAAGGUUAAAUGUACCCAGCUUAUUCAACUCCUUGAGAUGCAAAUGACUUCCCCACAGCCCAUUUUCCUUAGGAACUUUUUCUAAUGGAGUGAAUGUCACCCAGGUAUCCUGAAUAAUACGGAAUGAAAUAACUUUGUAUUAUUGUGAUUAGUUGUUGCUUAUUAUUUUAUACUCAGUAUUAAUGUGGUACACUGUUACUUUUUUUUUCUUUUGUAAAUUAUAUUCUAAUUUAUUGCCGUGUUUCCUAACACCUGUCCUACAUUCAUUCUCCUGCUUGUAAUGAAAAGAAAAGAAAAGAAAGAGACAUUGUAACACUUGAUGGAGUGAAAUUCCACACCAGGCACAGAUUUUUUUUAACAUAGAUAAUUUAGUAAAAAUAAAAUUCAACUUGUAAGAAUGAU